AUGGAGCCGUCGACGCCGACGUCGAGCAAGCCCACUGGGUCGUUCGCGUACCAGCAACGGCUGCUCGAACGGACGUCGUCAGGGCGCGGAGGGACUCUCGGUCGAUCUGGGUCGAUAGCCAGCAUCGGCUCUACCGGCUCGGCCACUGCUACUCGGAGAUGGGCGCCCGCGCACAGGGUGGGCGGUAGCUUGGACCUCGUGCGUGGGAAGUGGGACGAACGCGUAAAGUCGAGCGAGGCAGAGGCCGCGUCGCCGCCGUCGCCCUCGACGCCGCCGCAGGACACGAUUGGCCGGAGAUCGGCGGACUAUGGCGAACGAGCGCCGACGUAUCUGAAGCGCCAGAGCGUCCCUCCGCCCAUUGUCGCGACUCCGCUGUCGCCGAACAGCACGGGAGUGACUGUGCAGGACGAGGUGUCUGGCGAUCGCAUGCACAUCCCCUCCCGUCCUCAUCGCGCGAACACUCUCGACACCAUAUACUCCCAGAACACCGGCUCUUCCACCUCCUCUGGCUCCACGCUCACCCGCACCGACUCUGCACGUUCGAACAGCAGUCUCACCCGCAACGGCUCCGUCUCGAGCGCAAUAUCCAAGUUCGAGUCCGGCGCGGCCACUACUUCGACCUCAACAUCGGGCGCGAGCACGAGCACGCCUCGGCAGCGCCCGACGUCGCUCUACAACAAAUUCCCACAGCCGAGCGAGAUCCGCGCCCAAUUCGAAGCAGCCGCGCCGCCCACGCCCACCACGCCCGUGGAGACGCCCAAGCGCGCGCGUCCGAUCUCCCUCUACGGCUCGAGCGCUUAUGCGAAACCGACGGAUGUCUUUGCUCAGCCCGUCGCUCCUCCCCCACGCGCUGCCUCGCCUGAACGGGACAUCCCGCCUCGGAUCGCUCGACACAGGUCUAUUUCGCCCGAUAAACCGCCUGUGCCCUAUGUUCCCUCGUCUUCGUCGUCGACAUCGAGUCUGCCGUCCAGCUCGGGCUCGGCCAUGCACCCCGAGCCAUUUCACUCUUCCCGUCUACAUCGGCCGCCAACUAUAGUACAUGAACCGCCCUCGCCCUCCAAACCCACCCCCGAGCCGUCGUCCUCUUCAGUGAUGUCUCCCGCACCGUACACUCCCACGCCCCGUUCUCGAAAGCCAUAUGCAGACCACCUCUCUGCGGGUCGCAAGCUGGGCAAACACCUUCCACGAAUUGCGUCAGGUGAUGCAGACGAUGACUGGGUCGCGCCAGAACCUGAGCCGUACAACGCGGCGCCACCACCUACAAGAUCGAGGCUGGAACGACGAUUGCAGGGAAAGCUAGCGAGUGCACCCGCGCCUCAUCGUGCAGGAUUGGUGGCGCCCUCUUCUGCACCCGUUACCGGCGUCUCCGGCCGUCUACGAUUAUCCCGCGCAUCACGAGCCGAUGCAGCAUCCCUACCCGUACCAAGUGGGAAACUGCGAUGGGGAUUAUGGGCGGACACCCAACGACACUUGCUUCAGGCAUACGAGUACCUGUGUCACGUCGGCGAGGCGCAACAGUGGAUCGAGGGCUGUUUAGGGCAGGAACUUGGGUUCGGUGUCGUGGAGAUGGAGGAGGGACUGAGGAAUGGAGCGGUCUUGGCGAAGCUGGUCAGGGUGUUCAUGGGCGAGGGGAGUGUACCGAAGAUCUGGGAGACGCCGUACCCAGAUUGGAGACAUUCGGACAAUAUUAACGCGUUCUUCGUGUUCGUGCGGGACCCUACCAUCGGGUUGCCGGAGAGUUUUAUCUUUGAGACGACCGACCUCUACAACAAGAAGAACCUCCCGAAAGUCAUCUACUGCAUCCACGCCCUCUCCCAUCUCCUCGCCCGUCUCGGCCGCGCAGAGCGCAUCGGCAAUCUCCUCGGUCAACUGAAGUUCUCCGACGACCAACUCGAACAAACUCGACGUGGCCUCACCGCGGCAGGCGUCGCUAUGCCGAACUUCGGUGCGAUUGGAAAGAGCUUGGCGAGGGAGAUGAACGAUCCUGAGCCGGAAGAGGAAGAAGAAGUGGAGACGGAGGAGGAGAGGAGGGAUAGGAUGUUGUUGGAAUGCGAGGGAUCCAUUGUCGAACUGCAGAGCACGCUGAGAGCGUUCCUCGUACGCAAAGCGCAUCGCACGCAGGCGACAGAGUUCCAGCUCGCGGGCCGAUACAUCCGUCGUCUGCAAGCCCAAGCUCGCGGUGCGCUCGCACGAGCCUCGGUACGCGAAGCCAGGAGGGACCACCGCUCCGUUGUCCCGUUCGUGCGCGCACUACAGGCUGCCGCUCGCGGGGCACUCGUGCGGAGGAAGGUCGACGUGCAGCUCGACAGGAUCCACUACCACACGCCGUCCUUCGUGCGCUUCCAGGCGCACGCUCGCGGCUACCUCGUCCGUGCGCGCUUCGCGAAGCUCAAGGGCGCCCUGGUGCGCGUCGGCCCGGCCGUGCCGAAGUUCCAAGCGCUCGCCCGCGCCCGCCUCGUCAAGCGCGCGCAAGCCGCACAAAUGAAAGUCUACACCGCGCCCACCCAGACAAAGGCAAUUGUCGGCAUCCAGGCUGCUGCGCGGGGUAUGCUCAUCAGACGGGGCGUGGCCGUACGGCUCGCGGCGAUCGACCAGUACGAGGACGUGUGGGUUGCGUUGCAGGCGCAGCUGAGAGGGAUGCUGGUCAGGAGACGGGUGGGGAGGCAGUUGGCGAGGCUGGACGAUGUCACGGACGUCGUGGUGCGGAUACAGUCGUUCUUGAGGUCUUAUUUGGCCCGCAAGAGGCUGUUGAAGCUCAUCCGUGCGUUGAGAGCCGCGACGCCUUUGUUGGUGCAGGUGCAGGCGAGGGCUAGGGCGAAGAUCGCGAUGAAGCAUCGGGAGGAGAUGAGGAAGGCGUUGGGGCAUGCGCAGGUUGCGAAAGCCGUCGGCUCGUUCCAAGCUCGUGCGCGCGCGGCGAUUGCACGGACGAGACACGCAGAGACGACGAAGGCGCUGAGCUUUGCCGCGCCGGAUGUUACGGGUCUGCAAGCUGCCGCUCGGGGUGCGUUGUUAAGGAAAGAGUGGACGGCGUGGAGGGACUACAUCCGCUCCAGCGAGCCCGCCGCUACGCAUCUCCAAGCGCUGUUCAGGGGCUUGAUGCAACGGCGAGCGUUCAAAGAGAAGAUGGAGCACUACCGUGCGAACAUGUCCAAAGUCGUCAAGAUCCAGGCUUUAUUCCGUGCGAAGGAGACGAGGGAGCAGUACCGGCAGCUCACGCUCGGCACGAACGUCUCUGUCGGCGCGCUCAAGUCGUUCGUGCACCUCCUCGACGAUAGCGAGGCGGACUUUGCGGAGGAGCUUGCGCUGGAGAGAGCGAGGAAAGCCGUUGUGGAGAGGAUUAGGGAGUGUCAGGCGCUGGAGACGGAUGUGGCUGCUAUGGACGUCAAGAUCGCGCUGGUAGUCAAUAAUGCGAAGACGUUCGAGGAGCUCAAGGACGCCCGACGGCGGUAUGGGACCGAUUCAGCUGCUGUACAUGCCGCACGUGCAUCAAUCCUCGCAGCGCACGGCGACCCGUUCGCAGGACCGAGUACGUUGGAUCAGCAGGCGAGGCGGAAGCUUGAGCUGUAUCAGCAGCUGUUCUACUUGCUUCAGGCUAGGGGAGAGUAUCUGGGAAGGCUGUUCAGGGUUAUGAGCGAGGAAGGGAAGGGUGAGAAGGAGAGACGGGCGCUGGAGAGAGUCGUGUUGACGUUGUUCGGAUACGGGAGCGAUAGGAGAGAGGACUUCCUGCUGCUGAAGGUUUUGCAAUACGCCGUCAUUGAAGAGGUCAACCACGCACAGAGUCUGGCAGAGGUCGUUGGACGCGGCCAGCGCGUAUGGAUCAACGUUGUCCUGGGUUAUCUCCGCCACAAGCAGGCUGCGCAUCUGCGUGAGACGCUCGCGCCCUUGUUGGCGGAUAUGCUGGCAAAGCCCGAGCUUGAUCUCGAGGCGGAUCCGGUUGUAGUAUUUAGAGCGAGGGCAGAGAGGCAGGAGAUGAGGACGGGUGUCGCGAUGGAUCCUGCGUUGAAGAAUGUUAGCUUCACGCAGGCUAUCGCCGAUUUGGCUAAUCGUGGGGAAUACAUCCGACACCUGCAGGCGCUGACGUGGUGGACCGAGGCCUUUGUCGAUACAAUCACUCAAAGUACGAAGCGAAUGCCAUUCGCCGUGCGCUUCCUUGCGCGCGAACUACUUGCCGCGACACAAGCCAAGUUCCCCGAGGCAGUAGGAGCUCACCCAGCUGCCGUCGGCAGGCUUGUGUUCUACCGCUACAUCAAUCCUGCCGUCAUCACGCCUGAGACGUACAAUAUCGUAACGCAAACGCUGGACAUUGGCACGCGCAAGAACCUGGCGCAGGUCUCGCGCGUCAUGACCCAGAUAUCAUCCGGUGUCCCAUUCGACGAGCAGAGCCCGGCAUACAUCCCCAUGAACGACUUUGUCACUAAAGCCAUCACGCGUAUGGGCGCUUGGCUCACCGAAGUUGCUUCUGUACCCGACGCGGAGGAGCACUACCACGCGCACGACUUCCUCGAUGCUACAGUCCAACCACGUCCGAUCUACAUCACACCGAACGAGGUGUACUCCAUGCACGGAUUGCUCUCCGCUCACCUGGACGCGCUCGCUCCUACGCGGGACGACCCCCUUCGUGUGAUCCUCGCCGAGUUGAACGGCGUACCACAUCUCGGCGCCGACGAGCAGCUGAAGGAUGCUCGUGAGAGGCCCAUCACGCUCGAGCUUACGAACCGUUUCGCGAACAUUCGUGACCCGCGCUCAGACGAGAAGGCGCUGUGGCUUCAAGCGAAACGCGCUGUGUUGGCGAUACUCCGCGUACAGCCGGGCAAGGACCUUGUUGAGGCCCUCAUGCAACCCGUUACGGACGAGCACGAGGCUCUGUGGGAAGAGGUGAUCGAGAGCGAGAUGGAGGCUGAGCCUAUGCGCGCUGGUCAUGGGCGCCUACCGAGCGCCGUCGCGCAGGAAAGCGCGUAUCGCCUUGAAGACAUCCGAUCGUUAUCCUUCCGCGAGGUCAAAGCGCACGCGAUAUACUUCCUGCUCGAGCUCGAGAAGCAGGGCAAGAUCACACGCGCGGACGGGUAUCAGGGCGUGCUGAAUGCCAUCGCGAACGACGUGCGGUCGAAGCAUCGGAUGAGGCUACAGAGGCAGACGGAGAUUGAUGGGAUGACGGAGGCGUUGGCUUCGCUUAAUGAGAGGAAGAAGCACUACCUGUCGCAGUUGGAGAGUUACAGCGAGUACGUGGAGCAGUCGAUGGCGACAAUGCAGCGCGGAAAGACAAAGAAACGCAUCGCGCUCCCGUUCACGAAGCAGUUCUUCCACCAGCGCGACCUCGCCAAAGCUGGCCGUACUCCCCAAUUCGGCUCAUUCAAGUAUAGCGCCUCGGAUCUCUACGAGCGCGGCAUUCUACUCUCUGUCGACGGCUUCUCGCCCUUACAGUUCGGCAAGCUGGAUGUCAUCUUGAGUUCGGAUAAGCUUGGCGUGUUCAAGGUCGAGGUUCUCAAUGCGUCUCAUGGCGGUGGGAUGGUCAGCCUCGUUGGCGCGGAGGAUAUCAAGAUGCAAGACCUGCUGCAGAUGAGGUUCGAGGAGAAGGCAUCGCUUGGCCUGUAUAACGGCGCGGCCAAGUUCAACCUCGAUCUGUUACUUUUCCAAAUCAACAAGAAGUUUUAUGUAUGA